AUUCAAUGUUCUUCCAAUUUGCAAAAUUAUGCCAAAAGAUUUAAACGACAAGCGAGGACACUUGUCGUCUGUCUGUCAGUUAUAUAACGACCUUAUUAUGAAGUAUCAUGAAUGCUUGGCGGAAGAAGCGAGGGAAUAGAGAGAAAGAGAAAGACAAGCAUGUACAGAACGAAAAUAUCAUUAAAAAUUUUAACGAGAUAAAUCAUUUGCAACAGCCGUUCCUACCUAAUGACGCCAAAAUUUCAUUCACUCGUCCAAUAAUCAUCCCAACAUUUCUGUCUGCAUUUCUCCGAGAAACAAAAUCAUCGGUGCAUUUUUAUUCGCGAGAAAACCGAGCAGGCACGAUGUCGAGAAACUCAAGUUCCUGGCGGACCGGCAGACUGGAGGCCCUGCUGGUACUGAGCCUGUUCCUGCUCCUCGUCCUGCAGCCGGAUCCUUGCCUCGGCUCGCCGUCCCAUCGGAGCAGGCAUCACGAGCACGAGCUGCACGCCGCGCAGGAGACGUCGCACGAGGACGCCAGGAGUUCCAGGUCGAGCGAGGAGCUCCCACGACCGGCCGCCCUCGUCGGCCACUCCGACGAUCCGCUGGUGGUCCGCACCAGGAAAGGCAUGGUCCGCGGCAAAACCAUGGUCGCGACAACCGGCAAGAGCGUCGACGCCUGGUUCGGCAUACCCUACGCCCAAAAACCCGUCGGCCCGCUGAGGUUUCGCCAUCCGCGGCCGGCCGAGCGCUGGUCGGGCGUGCUGAACGCGACCACCCUGCCGAACAGCUGCGUGCAGAUCCUGGAUACGGUGUUCGGUGACUUCCCCGGCGCCACCAUGUGGAACCCAAAUACGCCAUUGAGCGAGGACUGCCUGUACGCGAAUGUGGUGGUGCCCCGGCCCAGGCCUAGGAACGCUGCUGUCAUGGUAUGGAUAUUCGGUGGUGGCUUCUACUCCGGCUCAGCCACCCUCGAUGUAUAUGACCACAAGACCCUGGUAUCGGAGGAGAACGUAAUCGUGGUGUCGAUGCAAUAUCGCGUGGCUAGUCUUGGCUUCCUGUACUUCGGCACGUCCGACGUGCCCGGUAACGCUGGGCUCUUCGAUCAGAUGAUGGCCCUGCAAUGGGUACGCGACAACAUCGCCGCGUUCGGCGGCAAUCCCGAGAACGUGACGCUCUUCGGCGAGAGCGCGGGCGCGGUCUCCGUCUCCUUGCACCUCCUGUCUCCGCUGUCCAGGCACUUGUUCAAUCAAGCCAUCAUGCAAUCGGGCUCAGCAACCGCACCAUGGGCGAUAAUCUCGCGCGACGAAUCGAUCGUGCGUGGCAUCCGGCUGGCCGAAGCAGUGGGUUGCCCGCAUGAUCGCCACAAUCUGCGUGAGGCGAUCGACUGUUUGUUGACAAAGGAUGCGGAGGAGCUGGUGAAGAACGAAUGGGGCACCCUCGGGAUCUGCGAGUUCCCGUUCGUGCCGGUGAUUGACGGCGCGUUCCUCGACGAGACGCCCCAACGUUCGCUCGCCACGACGUCCUUCAAGAAGACCAACAUCCUCAUGGGCUCCAACACUGAGGAGGGCUUCUACUUCAUCAUCUACUAUCUGACGGAGCUGUUUCGCAUUGACGGCGCCGAGGACGUGAAGGUGACGCGCGAUCAGUUCAUCAGCGCCGUGUCCGAGCUGAAUCCCUACGUAAAUCAAAUUGGCCGUCACGCCAUCAUCUACGAGUACAGCGACUGGCUGCAUCCGGAGGAUCCGCACGCGAAUCGCGACGCCCUUGAUAAAAUCGUCGGUGACUACCAGUUCACUUGCAACGUCAACGAAUUCGCCGGCCGAUACGCCGACACCGGCCACACUGUCUACAUGUACUAUUACAAGCACAGAUCUAGGAACAAUCCAUGGCCGCGAUGGACCGGAGUCAUGCACGCCGAUGAGAUAAGCUACAUCUUCGGGGAACCGCUGGACCCGUCCAAAGGUUACACGCACGAGGAGGUACAGCUCUCGAAAAGAAUGAUGAGAUACUGGGCGAACUUCGCAAAAACGGGAGAUCCGAACAUCGACGAGAGCGGCGAGCUGUCCCUGGCUUACUGGCCGUCGCACACCGCCGUCAAUAAAGAGUACCUGACCUUGGACAUCAACAGCACAGAGAUCGGCAGCGGUCCCAGGGUGAGGCAGUGCACUUUCUGGAAAAAGUAUCUGCCGCAGCUGCUCGGCGCCACGUAAGCUGAUCUGGCUCACAUCAAUCAGGAAUGCUGCAAAAUUGGAAAUUAAGAAAAUCGAGAAAAUUUCAGGGAAAU